CAAAUGUCAUCCGGAACCAUUCUAAAGGCUGCGCGAGUAAACCCGGACACAUAGUAACGUAACACGGAAAAUGUUAGCAUGGCGUCGGGUCACCUAAGCAAAAUAAGCAGCCUCAUAACAUGCGUUUACAAAUGUAAUAGAUUACGGAUUCCUCAAGCUUGCUUGGUUCAAUUUCGAGAUGCGUCCAAUCGAUCGAUUGAUGACUGCAGUGACGUGGAGAUCGGUUUGACUUCAGAUGGGAAGACAGUUGUCUGUUAUCAUCCUCCCGUGGACAUUCCAUAUGAGCUCACCCAGCCCAUCGAGCGGCCUGACCCGCUCUGCAACCCCCCCGAGACUCAUGAGCAAGUGCUGAAGGCACACCUCAGCAAGGAGAUGCCGAGGAACCAAAAGGGUCCCAGUGUGGAAGAGCUGAGCAAGAUGUUUUUCACCACAAAACACCGCUGGUAUCCGUUUGGACAGUAUCGCAUGAGGCGCAUUAAGAAGAACCCACCAAAAGACAGAUAGUUGUGUCUAUGUCGAUUUUAUGAAUGUCUUUCUCUAUAAUGAACUACCUGGUUUGUGCACAUGAUUUUGCGUUGAGUUCCUUUGUUGUUCAGUCGUCUGAAAUGAUCCUCUAAAGGUGUUUAUUUGUUGAAAAUAUAUCAUAGCAAUCAUUGUGAGCAGGGCUAUAAACAGACUUGUAGGGGCCCGGGGACAAGAGAUCAUUAUAGCCCCCCCACCCCACCCACGCCACCGGUUCGUCACGACAACAUACGCAGUACUUUAACGCUUUGCAAGCAAUGACAGUGUAAAUUUUCAAAUUAUUUAAUUUGAAAUGGACAGUUAAAUUCAACAGAACGUAAUGUGAUGUGACACAAUAUAAAAAAACAAUUCCCAUCUAUAGUCCCAUGUAGGCUACAGUACAAUACAACUGAGAGUGCUAUGCCUGCCUGCUAAGCAACAAAACAGUAUAACUAAACAUCCUGUGCCUGCCCCCUCCACAUCCCUGGGGUUUCAAGCCCUCAAACGGUGAUGCGCCUAGAUUUUUUGACAACAAAGUAAUUUAUAACAUUAGUGAAAUCCAGUUUUUGAGCAAGUAUGACCAGCACUGAGUUGAGUAGCUGUGAGUCCCCCAUUGUUAAUAAAAGUUCCAGCAAA